GAAGGAGCGAAUGGCGAGGUCGAACGGCGGGCUGAGCUGGUCCGAGCAGUGGGGCGGAUCGCGCAGCAGUGAUGGCGUCGGCGCUGGCGGCAAUGCCGGCGGCGGGCAAUUCGGAUCGUCGGGGCCCAAGAAAUCCUCCUCCAAGAGCGGCGGCGGGAAGAAGAUCGAGGACGCCAUGGCCAAGGCCAAGGUGGUAGCGUCGGCCGGGGCGGAGAAGGCGCGCGUCGCGGCUGGGAUUGGGGCUUCCAAGGCCAAGAUUGGAGCGCUUAAGGUGAAAUCCGGGGCCGUGACAGGGUUUAAGUGGGUCAAGGAGCAGUACAGCAAGAGGACGACGAAGAAGUAAGCGCGAGCGAGCGAUCGAUCGAUCGAUUUCCAUGGCGAGAGAGUGCGAGGGCAGUGUAAUUUUUGUGUAAGAUUGGUAGCGCCGCGUCGAGUGUAGAAAGAAAAAAGAAUACAAGAAUAUACCAUCUUGGAGUAAAAGGAUUUAACCUAAGGCUCGGAGAAAAAUAUUUCGAGAGCAGAGCUAUGGCGACUGCCGCAGGUCCGCUGCUCAAUGACAUCAAGAUCUCCGCCAAGCCGGUGGCGGGAUCGUUCAAGGCCAAGUUUAUGGAUGCUUAUCACCGGCUCAAGAAGGAGCUCAUCGCCGACUCCGAGAGCUUUUCCCACACUUUCGAGUCGAGAGAAUGGGUGUCCGAGAUGCUCGACUAUAAUGUUCCAGGAGGGAAGCUGAAUCGGGGGCUCUCCGUGGUGGAUAGCUUGGUGUUGCUCAGAUCUGGCGAGGAGCUCAGCGAAGACGAGCUUUUCCUUGCGUUUGCUCUUGGAUGGUGCAUCGAAUGGCUCCAAGCGUAUUUCCUAAUCUUAGAUGAUAUCAUGGAUGAUUCACACACGAGAAGGGGUCAGCCUUGUUGGUUUAGACAGCCAAAGGUUGGCUUAAUUGCUGCAAACGAUGGCAUUCUUCUCCGGAAUCACAUAUCCCGUAUUUUAAAACGGCAUUUCCAUGACAAGCCUUACUACCAGGAUCUGCGAGAGCUAUUUGAUGAGGUGGAGUAUCAGACUGCCUGUGGACAGAUGCUCGAUCUUAUUACAACUCCACCCGGCGAAGUCGAUUUGUCCAAAUACGUAAUGGACACCUAUUUAAGAAUUGUAAAAUACAAGACAGCAUAUUAUUCUUUCUAUCUUCCAGUUGCAUGUGCUCUGUACAUGUCUGGAGAAGAUGAUAAAUCCAAAUUUGAAUCUGCCGAGAGAAUCCUUGUGCAGAUGGGAACUUACUUUCAAAUACAGGAUGAUUAUUUAGAUUGCUACGGCCAUCCCGACGUUAUUGGAAAAGUUGGAACCGAUAUCGAGGAUACCAAAUGCUCGUGGCUUAUUGUACAAGCGAUAGCUCGUGCAAGCCCCGAGCAGAAAUCCCGACUUUACAAUAACUAUGGACGCAAAGAUCCAGCGUGCGUCGCGGAGGUGAAGAAGGUGUACAAUGAAUUAAACCUCGAGAAACUUUUCCUCGAUUAUGAAAGCGAGAGCUAUGAGAACUUCAUGUCGAUAAUCAACGAAGAAAAAAGCAUUGAGCUACAGCAAGUUUUGAAGCUCUUCCUUUCCAAAAUCUACAAGCGUCAAAAAUAAAAUCGCCCCCAGACAGUGAUGACAAAACCUUUUUUCCCAAAGCUUUUAAUCCCAGCCGUUGGUUGUGUUCCACGAAAAGGGACGUGAACUCUAUAUAUCUCUUGUUUUAGGGUUCUUGGCUAGGGUUGGCGAUGUCUUCUCUUCAAAUGGACGAUGACAAAUUCUCUAAAUGCAAAGAAGCGAUCCAAAGACUAA